AUGAGAUUUGCGAUUGCAUUGAAAGCGAAGAGAUUUGUUCACCGGAGGCUUCUGGAGAGAGGUAAUCCUGGAACUGCUUCUCCUUCGUUCUCUCUUUGCUGCUGGGAACGAGCUUUCUCUGGCGGGAGUUAUGAUUACAGAGAUAAGAUUAGAGGUGGGUUUCUACAGGAUGUUAAGUUAGAGGAUGCAAUUGGGUUGUUCAGUGAAAUGGUCAAGUCUCGUCCUUUCCCUUCCAUAAUCGAUUUCAAUAAGUUGCUGAGUGCUAUUGCGAAGAUGAAGAAGUUUGAUGUUGUGAUAUCUCUGGGAGAGAAGAUGCAAACGUUGGGAAUAUCACAUAGUCUGUAUACUUUCAAUAUUUUGAUUAACUGUUUCUGCCGCUCCUCUCAGCUCUCUCUUGCUUUAGCUCUUCUUGGGAAGAUGAUGAAACUUGGAUAUGAGCCCAGCAUUGUCACGCUCUCUUCGCUACUCAAUGGAUAUUGCCAUGGAAAUAGGAUCUCUGAAGCCGUCGCUUUGCUUGAUCAAAUGGUUGAAAUGGGAUAUAAACCUGACAUAGUGGCGUUUACAACUCUAAUCCAUGGACUCUUUCUCCACAACAAAGCCUCUGAAGCCGUGUCUUUAGUUGAAAGAAUGAUUGCGAAAGGAUGUCAACCAAAUGUGCUUACUUAUGGUGCGUUGGUAAAUGGAGUAUGUAAGAGAGGCGAGACUGAUUUGGCUCUAAAGCUUCUCAAGAAGAUGGAGGCAGAGAAAUUAGAGGCAGAUGUUGUGAUCUACAACACAGUCAUUGAUGGACUCUGCAAAUACAGGCAUCCGGAUGAUGCACUCGAGUUAUUCAAUGAGAUGGAGAACAAAGGUAUUAGACCUGACGUUGUUACUUACAACUCCCUCAUAAGCUGCCUUUGUAACUACGGAAGAUGGAGUGAUGCUUCUCGACUAGUAAGCGAUAUGACUGAGAGGAAAAUCAACCCCGAUGUAUUUACGUUCAAUGCUUUGAUCGAUGGGUUUGUGAAAGAGGGCAAGCUUUUGGAAGCUGAAAAAUUGUACGAGGAGAUGAUUAUUAGGUCUAUAGCUUCUGAUAUUGUCACGUAUAAUUCAUUGGUCAAUGGGUUUUGCAUGCAGAGUCGCCUAGAUGAUGCCAAGCAGAUGUUUGAUUUGAUGGUUAGCAAAGGUUGUCUCCCAGACGUAGUGACGUAUAGUACUAUUAUAAAUGGAUUUUGCAAGUGUAAGAGGGUAGAGCAUGGCAUGGAAAUCUUCCGCGAGAUGUCUCAAAGAGGAUUGGUUGGAGACACAGUCACUUACAACACUCUAAUCCAAGGAUAUUUCCAAGCUGCAGAUUGUGAUAAUGCCCAACAAGUUUUCACACAGAUGGUUUCUUGUGAUGUACCUCCUGAUAUUUGGACAUACAACAUUUUUUUAGGUGGAAGAUGCGUGGAAGUUAUUUGUAGCCUCAGUCGUAAAGGAGAAGAGCCUAAUGUUGUGACAUACACUACAAUGAUCUCAGGAUUCUGUAAGAAAGGUUUAAAGGAGGAAGCAAGUGCCUUGUUCAGGAAAAUGAAAGAAGAUGGGCCUCUCCCAAAUAGCGGUACAUAUAACACGCUAAUCCGGGCACACCUUAGAGAUGGUGACAAAGCCGCAUCAGCAGAACUCAUCAACGAAAUGAAGAGCUGCGGGUUUGCUGCAGAUGCUUCCACCUUUGGCUUAGUCACUCAGAUGUUACAUGAUGGGAGAUUGAACAAAAGCUUUCUGGGGAUGCUUUCUUAA